AUGAUCCAAAUUACUUACAAUCUGCUCAACAAUAUUAAAAUCAAAUCAAUCGAUCCUAGGCUUCUUAAUUGUUAUUCGUUUUUGAUUUCAAUUUCAUCAACUCUGCUCUUUGGUUUUAAAACUUUGAGCCGAUCAAUCUCCUCACUUGAUUAUAAUACUCUUGUGUUUAUUUCAUGUUCUUAUCAUCAAUUUCAUUGGACUGAAUGGUAUCACCCCUUCAUAUUCAACUCAUUUGAGACACAAAUUUUGGUCAACUUCAAUCAUCAUGCUUUGAAACAAUUCAACAUUUUCAUUCCUAAAUUUCAUAAAACAAAUUGA